UGCCAAUCAGGUUAUGGUAACAAUUUUUUUGAAUUACCUACAUGUGUGAUUGAUAUAAAUAAAGAACGUAUUAUUAAGGAACAACAGUCAUUCGAGCAAGUACACCGGUAGUAUUAAUAACCGUUUUCCCAGACGAUUUUUACAGUGACCUUCGAAAUAAUUGUAUAUUUUCUGUGUAUACACUGAAAACAUUUAUUAGUUCAAUCACUGGUGAUAUGAUAUUGCGCAAUAUCAACCUUAGAUAGUGGAUCUCGAUUAAAACACACGGUUUUUACCAUUACAUAGCACAUUCCGCUUCACUGCCAGCCGCCGAUAGCCGCUCGAGUAGCCGCGCUCCGAUAAAGUGGUGAAUGAAAAAUGGGGCUACUAACCGAAGGCAGUCCCCUGUCAUGGGAGGAAACGAAGAAAAACGCGCAACACGUACGAGAACACGGCAUCACGCAAUUCAUAAACCUCUACAAGAAGCUCCGGGACCGAGAGGGCGACAUUCUCAAAUGGGGCGACGAAGUUGAGUACAUAAUCGUGAAGUUCCUGGACGACAAACAGCAAUGCAAAGUAAGCCUUCGCAGCCACGAAUUGCUCACAAUUCUCAACCAAAAGGAGCUCGAAGAUCCCACGGGCGUGAACUCGCUGUGGAGGCCCGAGUACGGUUCUUACAUGAUCGAAGGCACCCCGGGGAAGCCGUACGGGGGGCUGUUGGCGCAUUUCAACAUAGUCGAGGCCAACAUGAGAAACAGGCGAAAAGAAGUCACCGAAUUGCUGAACUCCGAUGAGGCUAUCUUAAGCAUCACAAGUUUCCCAAGAUUAGGUAGCGAAGACUUCACCUAUCCUCCCACAAAGCCGACGCCCGAUCAAGGAGCUACGAGAUCUCUAUUUUUCCCGGACGAAGCGAUUUACAACGGUCACCCGAGAUUCAAGACGCUGUCGAGGAAUAUCCGGAUGAGGCGCGGUGAAAAAGUCGCCAUCAAUUUGCCCGUGUUCAGGGACAAGAAUACGAAAAUACCCGUUGACGAUUCCUACAAGCACAGCAAAGCGGCCUUAAAAGACCACGUCUACAUGGACGCCAUGGGCUUCGGCAUGGGAUGCUGUUGCCUGCAAUUAACAUUUCAAGCUUGCAACAUUACCGAAGCGCGAACCCUCUACGACCAAUUAACGCCCCUCUGUCCAAUUAUGCUUGCAUUUACAGCCGCGUCCCCGUUGUACAGGGGCUUCGUGACGGACGUGGACUGCCGUUGGAACGUGAUAUCGCAUUCGGUGGAUUGCCGGACAGAGGAAGAAAGGGGCCUGAAGCCUUUGAACGAGAACAAAUUCGUGAUAAACAAGUCGCGGUACGAUUCGAUCGAUUCGUACCUGUCGCCGCAAGGGGAGAAGUACAAUGACAUUCCGCUGUUGUAUAACGAGGAGGAUUACAAGAAGCUGGUCGAUAACGGGAUCGAUCAUUUAUUGGCCGGGCACAUAGCGCAUUUGUUCAUUAGGGAUACGGUGUCGCUGUUUUCGGAGAAGGUCCAUCAGAACGAUGAGGAGGAUUCGGACCAUUUUGAGAACAUCCAAUCUACCAAUUGGCAAACAAUGAGAUUCAAACCGCCGCCCCCGCACUCGACUAUAGGAUGGAGAGUGGAAUUUAGGCCUUGCGAAGCUCAAAUUACAGAUUUCGAAAACGCUGCCAUCGUUUGUUUCGUAGUACUUUUAACCCGAGUGAUACUUUCGUACCAAUUAAACUUCCUAAUUCCCAUUAGCAAGGUAGACGAAAACAUGCAGAAAGCUCAGAAGAGGAACGCCGCUCGCGAGGAGAAGUUUUGGUUCAGACGGGACAUAACGACCCACGUGAGCCCACCGGCGGCGGCGGAGUGUUGCAGGGCCGGCACCACCAACUGGGACAUUAAGGAAUGUGAUAUGUUCGGGCAGAUGACCGUAAACGAGAUUAUUAACGGGAAACCAGGUGAAUUUCCCGGCCUUAUUUCGCUGAUUAACAAUUACCUAAGCGGCAUGGACGUGGAUGCUGAUACGCAUUGUACGAUUCAACAGUACUUGAAAUUCAUACAAAGGAGAGCAUCGGGCGAGAUACUUACGACGGCAUCGUGGAUUAGGAAAUACGUUACCGAACAUCCGGAUUAUAGGAAUGAUUCCGUAGUAUCUGAAAAAAUCAACUACGACUUAAUGAAGACAAUUAACGCUAUUCAGAAAGGUGAUAAGUAUUGUCCACUUCUGUUAGGAGCUAGUACUAUGUCGAAAACUAAGGAUAGUGUGCCGUCGGCGUUAAAUGAAUGUUAGCGAUUGGGAGAAUUCAAAUUUAAUUUAAUUGCACUUUAUGGGAAUUUAUGUCUGAAGGAGUUAUUGUUAUUCAUGUUCAGUAUUCUUGUUUUAUUUAUUAUACGUAAACGUUAUUCUCCUUGAAAAUGAAAUUAUGAAAAUAAGCGUCUUUUUGCGGUAAAAUGAACUUAAAUUGUCUACAACUUGCUAGAUAACAUUUACACCUUACUCAAAAUUUGCAUAAGAUAUUAAAUAACAUUGUUUUGUAGACAUUUUGACAAUCAAAAAGUACUUUUAAAGUAACGUCUAAAACAAAAAAAAAUAUAAUUUAUGGCUUAAAAAUUGUGCAAAUGUAUUGUUAUUAAAAAAAAGAUUAGUCAACUUGUUUAGCAUUAAAUAUAGAGUACUUUUAUAAAAACUUGUUUUAUAUAUACAUAUUAUAUUUUAGAGUUAGAUUUUCCUGUAUUAUAAAGCAGCAGAUCAUUAAAAUGUUUUACAUAUUAUACGAUGAUGAGUAGAAAUGUUUAUGCUACGUGUUAUUCUAAUUUUUAAUAAACUUAAAAAAACAUUCAAACAGGA